GAACCUAGUGUUUUUUUCUUGGUGUUUGCUUUGUGUUUUGCGAUGUCUGGCCGUGGCAAGCAAGGAGGUAAAGCUCGCGCCAAGGCGAAGUCUCGUUCUUCUCGCGCUGGUCUACAGUUCCCCGUGGGCCGAGUGCACCGCCUUCUCCGCAAAGGCAACUACGCCGAGCGGGUUGGGGCUGGGGCGCCGGUGUACCUGGCGGCGGUGCUGGAGUAUUUAACGGCCGAGAUCUUAGAGCUGGCGGGCAACGCGGCCCGCGACAACAAGAAGACGCGUAUCAUCCCGCGCCACCUGCAGUUGGCCAUCCGCAACGAUGAGGAGCUCAAUAAGCUGCUGGGCCGCGUGACCAUCGCUCAGGGCGGCGUCCUGCCCAAUAUCCAGGCCGUGCUGCUGCCCAAAAAGACCGAGAGUCACCACAAGGCUAAGGGCAAGUGAAUUGACAGGCAUCUGAGUUUCCGGAAACGCUUUGAAACCCAAAGGCUCUUUUCAGAGCCCCCCACCAUUUCAAAGGAAGAGCUAAUAUCACUUUAGAUUAAAAGAAAUAUACAAAGGUUGUCUUUGAACUCAUGUCCAACACUUACUAAGUGUGUGACCUUGGGCUAGGUGCUUAACCUCUGUCUGCCUCCAUUUCUUCCCGGAUGCCUUCGCUCACCUUGUGAUGAAAGAAUAGGCUCAGCAGUGUGGGGUAAGUGGCUUCAUAAAGAGCUACAGAACUCGAUCAACUAAUUUAUUGUAGAGUGGGGAAAGGAGUUAGAGAAGACUUGAAUUUGAAUUCUCUUUCACCCUCCUCCCAGCCCCAGCAAAACUUUGUAUUUGGUUAUUUAGUAGUGAAUGAUACAUUGUGUUAAUUUUGUUUGUUUCAUCUUCAGCAAGACUUCCUUCAGGUCAAGGACUCUGUCUUGUUAAAUUGUUAAUAGCAUAGACCCUGGCAUGCAGUAAACACUUGAUAAGUGGGCAUUGACUAAAUACUGAACUGAGUCAGUGGCUGGGCCAUCAGGAAGCACUUUGUUCUAGAGGGUCAGUUUAUUACCAGAGGAGACAUUAAUUACACACCAGACUAAAAAGCUGCUGGUAACAUCUUCUUUUUCCAGUAGAAAAUCCCUUAUGAAAAUUCAGUUUGCAUUGGCAGUUUAUUUGGGGAUCUUCAGAAAAACAUAGAAGGUGCCAAUUGACCAGCUCUUACCUAAACAGUAAUGCUAAGGGUCUGUUCCCCAAACAGAGGACGUUCCUCACAGCUCUGUCUCCUCGCUCCCCCUCUCCAACAUGUUUCUUCACCUUCUACUUUGAAAUGUCACUGUUUAUAUCCAAAAGCCCUAGCUACUUCUUGGGAAAAUUCUCUAGUGGGCAAUAAACUCUCAGUAGCUUCAGUUGGUUUCCAGACCUUGAGUAGGUCUCUAUCUACCAUCCUCAAGAGUCCUGGGAAGGACCAUUUAAAUUGGGGCAAGUUGAUGAGAAUGAUAAACCCAGGCCUUCCAAUUACUGAAGGCACCCGGGCACCAGGGACAAAGUAGAUCUCAGGGAUUUACUGAGAUGUGAGGCUGAGAGGGAAUAAUUAUUUGGUUAUAUGGGGCCUUCUGAACAAAGCAGAUCAGUUUGACACAGUAUCACCAAUUAUAAAAUCCCUUUUUAAAUUUCCAAGUAACCUAUGCAGCAAUAUCCUUUCCUUUACUCCAUCCGUCAUACCCUCACUUCUUUUUUUUACGCAUCAUUUGAAGUCUUUUUUUGCAAGUAUGAUAAAUUUUAUAAUCAAUUGUAAGAUUAUAUGUAUUUUAAAGUUAGAAUUAGGUUACCUUCUAAGAGUUUUUCAUCUCUUGAUCCUGAGUUAUAAUUAUAAAUUUAAAUAUUACUAAGUAUAAUGCAUAUAUAUUAUUAGAGGAUAUUAGGAAUUUAAUUGGGAAUUCCCAGUGCAUACUGAAAGUGAGAAUAAGGGUUCGUAUGUAGUCCAAGAAUUCUUCUCUAUUUUAUUCAAGUACCUUAAUAUUGUACCAAACUAAGUUAGCAUCAUCAGAAGAUCUACUAAAAGAAAGUUAUCCUCUAGUUUUACACCUAGAAAACUGUAUCAUUAAUAAAUACACAAAUCCACAAAAAAGACUAAGUAAUUAUAAUCAUCGUAAUGCCAACAGAAUUUGGAAUAUGACAUGGAGACUUCAGAAUAAAGUGAGUUCUCAGGCAUGGAAUUAGUGUAGUCAGACUGAAAAAAUACCAGAACUUUAUUGGGUUUCCUUACAUUGCAGUUGGUUGUUUGAGUUGUGGUUUGGGCAGGGUGACAGAACCACUAUCUCUUAGGGCUUGGGACUUAUGUACGUCACUUAUAGUUGAGGCUCUUUCUGAAAGAAGCAAGUGUGCUACGUUCCAGACUUUUUGUUAUAUGUUGUCUAUCUGCCAGUUGAAGCUUAAACUUUUACCUUAUUCCUCACUCUGAGGGAUGCCGGGCAGUGGCAGGUAAGUAUGUGCCCUCUUUCGCAUAUUUGGUGAUAGCCAGAGCUGAAAAUACAAGGCUUGAGUUUACAUGACAAUAAAUUGUCCUUGCAUUAAAGAUCUAUCUCAAAAUGGCCAGACUCUCAUGUGCUCUAAAUUUUAGUACCUUGGAGCUUGGUACCAGCCCUUGUUCUUUACUCUGUCUCCUUGAUGAUUCCAUCAAUACUGCAGUUUUGAAGAUUAUCUAUAUGCAAUAAACUUCCAAUUUUAUAUCUUCAGUCUU